UUGACGUAUCGAAUGACAAUUUACUUACGUAUUUUUCCAAUUUUAAUAAAUCAAUGUAACAAAAUUCGCCAGAAAUAUAUAAUAGAUUUUUUUUAAAACGGUGAGUAUAUACAGGGUUGAUAAAAAUAAUCGCGUUCGUUAUUCGAAUCGAUAUUUGACAUUUUAAAACGUAUUUUGUAGUUUUAAUGGAAAAAGUUAGUUCUAAUAUGGCCGAACAACAAGAUGAGAACGCGCCGAUAACGUCCAGUCCGAAACAAAACGAAAAUAUACGAAUUACAACGAAAGAUUCGGCGGAAAGUAACGAAUUGGUUGAAAAGGUUAUAUCCGGAGAAAAAAUGGAGACUGUUUUCGAUAAAAAACCACCGAUCGAAACCGUCGCUAACGAAAAGGUAAACGAAAAUAAUCCGGCAACGCCGUCGAACGAUGAUACAAUCGAAGACGCUCCAGCUCCGCUACCGAAUACACGGAAAUUAAUCACCGAAAAAAGACGAGUGGGAUCGGCGAGCAGCGCUUUGGUUACCGAAAAGAUAAACAGAAAUCAGAGCGACAUUUUUUCACUUAAAGACGAAACGACAAUCGCUUCUUCGAUAUUUUCGGUAAACGGGUCUCCAUCUAGAAAGGUUUAUCGUAAUGUCCAAAAAAUACCCAGCAAUAACGUUUUUUCGUACGGACAAUUGGCGGAACCGUUAUCCGAUCAAAUAACCAUAAGAGAUAAGAUGAGAAAUAAGGAGAGUUACCACGAUAUCAAAAGACCGACCAGUUCGCUCAGGAACCCUUUGACUGGUACCGGUUUAAGUUCGAACGAUGAGUAUAAAUUCAAAGGAAAUAGAAAACUGGAUGGAAAUCCUCUACUAGGACUCGGUUAUACUCCCGAAGUGGCUCCAUCUACUCACAGGAUACCACCGGGAGGAUAUUCACACAAACUUUGGUGAUUUAUCAUUUUUUUUUUCAAUUUUUGAAUGAAAUUAUCCGAAAAAUUUCAGUACGAUACAUUUUGCAUUGUUUACAUUUAUA